CGAGACGCAUAGACCCAGGCCCACCCACCACGGUUCCUCCGCCUCACUGCUCCUCUCCCUCCGUCCUGCAACCCCAGCGCCUACCGACGCCUCCCCACAGUUGGAGACUGGCAGUAAUCUUCCCACCCGCCUCGGCGCCUCCUCCCUCCUUCCCUCGUCCGCUCUGGCUUCGCUGUUCUCCUCUCAGUCCUCUCCCGGCGAAGCGUGGCUGCCGCGACCGGCCUCCCCGCCAACUCCUCCACCAGCCGAGCACGACGCGACGCGACAGAGCUCGACGCCGCGGGAUCCUCCACCCGCCGCUCCGUAGCACUGCGGCUGCCACCACAGGGCCGCUCCGCUCCUCACUCGGUCCAGCGGAGCGGAGAUCCGUCCGGACGUGGACUGGUUUCUCCUUUCUGUUGAUAUGAACCAAAUUGAUCAGUGGUCCUAUUGAGCACAAAGUUGUCAUAUGGUACCCAUGGUUUGGGAUUGAGGAACUUCAUUAUCUGAGAAAUGGAUGAAACACCAACUAGUUCUGGGCUAUCUGAAGCUAGCUCAUGCGAACCUAGUUGGUGGCCGCCAGACUUUUUGGAAAAAGUAGAGUCUGUUUCCAUAUCAAGAAAACAGGAAGUUAGGUCCUUGCCCUGGAAGGCUUCUCAAUUACUGUGGUCAACAGGAACUUAUUCAGGGUUAAUCCCAAAUGGUUUCUAUUCAAUCAUCCCGGAUAAAAAGCUGAAGGAGAUUUUCCCAACAAUACCACCACUAGAUGACCUUCAAACCCUUGAAGCAGAUGGGCUUAAGGCAGACAUAAUUAUCGUAGACACUGAGAGGGAUAAGAAGGUUUUCAUGUUGAAGCAGCUUAGUGCUGCACUUGUCAAGGGCUUGAACUCUAGCCCGGCUUUAGUGAUAAAGAAAAUAGCAGGUUUGGUUUUUGACUGCUUCAAGCGACAAAAUCCUGAUGCGAGUCUAGCAAGAGGUUCAACCGAAGAUACUCAUUUCUUUGGAAAUAGAGGACCACAACUUCUAGGGCAGAUAAGGCAUGGGUCAUGCCGACCUCGAGCUAUUCUUUUUAAGGUUCUUGCAGAUGCCGUUGGCCUUGAGAGUAAACUUGUAGUGGGUCUACCUGAUGAUGGUGCUGUUGGAUUUGUGGACUCGUACAAGCAUAUGUCUGUGGUAGUUUCACUGAACUCUAUGGAGCUUCUAGUUGAUCUUAUGCGAUUUCCAGGCCAGCUGAUUCCUUUUUCAGCUAAGGCUAUCUUUAUAUCGCAUAUCUCGGCUGCGGGUGAGAGUGACUCAGCUGAAAAUGACUCUUGUGAUUCUCCCCUUGAGCCCAAUAGCCCUCUUUAUGGACUAUCUGAUAAAGUUGAAGCUGAAGGAAUUGAAUCUUCAUCAAAUCUAUCUGGACGAUCAUUGCGUAAUAUGAUGUUGAAAUCAAGAACAUUUUCAGAGGGGAAAUUGAGCACGUCAUGUAGUGAACCAAACAUAGCAAAUGCCUUUUGGAGGCGCAGCCAACGGAGUGGAGUUGCCGAGGAACCCCGUGGUGCUAGUUCAAGUCCCGAGCAUCCAUUGAUGAGAGCAAGGGGAAGAUCUAUACUUGGUGGUGAGAAGCAAUCAUUUCAAGAAUACACAGAAAGUGGAGUUGCAUCAAGAUCAGAUGGCCUCAGUGGCAGUUCAACACCUAACACUCGAAGAAUAAGAGGAAGAAGCAUUAGCAUCACACCCGAGAUUGGAGAUGACAUUGUGAGGGCAGUUCGGGCUAUGAACGAAACACUAAAGCAAAAUCGCCUCCAAAGGGAUCAUGUCGAAGAUUCAUGCUCAUAUGUUACGGAGGACCAGAGCAAUGUGAAUUACUGCCCAACUAAGGAUGAUGCAUCUCGGAGAGUUCUUGCUACCAACAAUGGCUCAAGAAACCGAACUGGUUCUACUCAGAAGGCCAUGUCAUUACCUACGUCUCCUCAUGAAUAUAGGGGUCAAAUUACCCAAAAAAGUGAUGAUGAUUUUAUAAGUAAAGAGAACUUGGCAUUGGCGUGGAACAAAGUUUUUCAGAGCUCCUCAUUUUUUAAUAAACCUUUAUUGCCUUUUGAAGAAUGGAACAUAGAUUUCUCCGAGAUAACAAUUGGCACACGGGUUGGAAUAGGAUUCUUCGGAGAGGUUUUCCGUGGUAUAUGGAAUGGAACUGAUGUUGCCAUCAAAGUGUUUCUAGAACAGGAUCUGACAACUGAGAACAUGGAAGAUUUUUGCAAUGAGAUAUACAUCCUGAGCCGGCUACGACACCCAAAUGUUAUAUUGUUUCUUGGUGCAUGCAUUACACCUCCACACUUGUCAAUGGUAACCGAAUAUAUGGAAAUGGGAUCACUGUACUAUCUCAUCCAUAUGAGUGGUCAGAAAAAGAAGCUCAGUUGGCGUAGGAGGUUAAAAAUUGUACGAGAUAUAUGCAGGGGUUUGAUGUGCAUACACCGCAUGAAGAUAGUUCACAGGGAUCUGAAAAGUGCAAACUGUCUGGUGAAUAAGCAUUGGACUGUCAAGAUAUGUGACUUUGGUCUUUCUCGAGUGAUGACUGGGAGUCCUAUGACUGAUAACUUCUCUGCUGGCACCCCCGAAUGGAUGGCCCCUGAGCUUAUAAGGAAUGAACCUUUCACAGAGAAAUGCGAUAUAUUCAGCCUUGGCGUUAUCAUGUGGGAGCUGUGCACAUUGAGUCGCCCAUGGGAUGGCAUCUCCCCAGUUCAAGUGGUGUACGCGGUUGCUAAUCAAGGGUCACGUCUGGAGAUCCCUGAAGGACCUCUUGGCAAGUUAAUUGCAGAUUGCUGGGCAGAACCCGAUAAUCGGCCGAGCUGCCAGGAGAUCCUAACCCGCUUGCUGGACUGCGAAUAUGCUGUCAGCUGAAAUGAGGGCAGCUCUGCUGACGUGGCUUGCUAGUUGCCACCCAAUUUCUGCAAACGUGGAGACGUUUCUUGUAUAAAACCUGUAAAAAUGAGCCUGUUGAUUCCGCGAACCGGCGAGGUUACACAUAUUGAAAUCUUAUAUUGCUACUGUAUGACGGUGACCCUUUCUCCCAAAAUGUAAAAAAAAAAUGUUUUCCGUUUAUAGAGGAACAUGUUGGGCCAAGAAAUGUGCCUUGAAUCGCAGGGCAAAGCUAGUAGUUGCUGUCCACGGAUCAACCAUAUGGUUGUUUCGAAGAAUGUAAUUCGAGUGCUCUGGUGAAAAUGACCACCAGUGGAGACCUUUUUUCGA